AAAAAUCGAAAAGGUGAAAGAUUCCAUUCUGAUUUAGCUAGCAUCAUAAAUUCAUAAUAACAAGGUGCUGAUAAUUCAUUUUUCCAAAUCAAACGCAACAGGGAAGGUAGAAGGAAACGCAAUUCAAUCCAAUUCCAUUUCCCUUUCCUUCCCUUCCCUUUGCAUUUCCUUAUUCAAAUACCUCUUUUUCUGUUUCCAAGAAUCGUAUAAUCAAUCAAACAACGAUUUUCUUCGAUUUUGAUCUCAUGGGUCAAGCUUUUCGCAAGCUUUUCGAUACCUUCUUCGGCAAUACCGAGAUGCGGGUUGUCAUGCUUGGUCUUGAUGCUGCUGGAAAAACAACUAUACUCUACAAGCUUCACAUUGGAGAAGUUUUAUCCACAGUUCCUACAAUUGGUUUUAAUGUAGAGAAGGUUCAGUAUAAGAAUGUUAUUUUCACCGUUUGGGAUGUUGGAGGUCAGGAGAAAUUGAGGGCACUCUGGAGGCAUUAUUUUAACAACACAGAUGGUUUGAUCUAUGUUGUUGAUAGUUUGGACCGUGAGAGAAUUGGGAAAGCAAAGCAAGAAUUCCAGAAUAUCAUAAAUGACCCAUUUAUGCUCAACAGUGUCAUCUUGGUGUUAGCCAACAAACAGGACUUGAGAGGAGCGAUGACGGCAAGGGAAGUAUGUGAUGGAUUAGGUCUCUUUGAUCUCAAAAAUAGAAAAUGGCACAUACAAAGCACUUGUGCACUUAAGGGCGACGGCCUUUAUGAGGGUUUGGACUGGUUGUCCUCAACACUAAAGGAGAUGAGAGCUGCUGGAUACUCUUCAUUAGGCCUAGGAACUUCAUCUUUCUAGUUUUCCGGGUAUUUUGGCUUUGGGAUUUUGCGAUUUUCCGACCUCUCAUUUACAGUUCUAGAAUACAUUGAUUGGUAAUCAAAUUCUUUGGGUUUUAUCUGGAGCUGACGGAGAAUAUAGUUACUUGGCCUUUCAGGGUACAUAAAGAUAUGUGACUUGCUAUGAUUAUAGAAGUUUGUACAUGUCAAAUUAACUAAAUUCUGUUACUGUAUUCUUACUCCACGUUAAGUGCGUGAAUAUUGGAUAAAAAAGUCUUGGAUACUGGCCGGAUCAGUUGCUUA